UUGAGUAACAGUCUGCUACAGUGUGACUGUUGACUGCUUGGAUUGCUGCUUUAGAAUUCUGAAUCACUUGAAAAUUCACUGCUGCUGCUAUUUCACGGUAAAUUAACUAUAAAACUUAUAAUUGUUUGUGUCGAUGUUAUACGAUACAGCAGCCUAAUAGUGACUUUCUUCUCAAUAUUUCUCAAAUCCAAUCCUUCUAUUCGUAAUUGUACGUCGCCUGGCGUCUAUCGGCGGCAGUAAACAAUUGAUAGUUUCUCAAAAAACCAUUGUUGACCAUGAGUGAACUGCACUCUGAACAUUUUAAUCUUUGUAGAAUUUGUCUUACGAAGCCAGAGACAAAUAAGCAUCUCAAAUUCUUCAACAUAUUUAUGACAGUUAAUGAAGGAAAAACUUUAAAGGAAGAUAUGAAGGACCUAUUGGAUCUCAAUGUUGAAUCCAAUGAUCAAAAACCGCAAAUUGUAUGCGAAYUUUGCUACAUAUCCAUGUUUAAAUAUAGUGAAAUGAAGAAGAAAGCUGCUGAAUCUGAAAUUGUUGUUGAUUAUCUUGCUAAAAAAAAAAGUUAUGAUCCUACAUGCCAUGGAAAAAAUGUAUGCUCUAAUUCAGAUACACUAAAAGUUAUUAUUUCUAAUACAAGUSAAACAAGACAAAUUGAAAGGAARCGUAUACGAAAUAAAUUAUAUUUAGAAAGUUCAGAUGACAAUAUUUUGGAUGGAAGAAUUGAUACAAGUGAACCUCGCUAUUGUUAUUGCGAUCAAGUCGCUUUUGGUACAAUGAUUGCAUGUGAUAAUAAAAAAUGUAUAACAGAAUGGUUUCAUUAUUGCUGUGUCGGUAUUGAGAAAACACCACGAGGAAAAUGGUACUGUCUUAAGUGUAGAAACACAGUAAAGAAACUUAAAAUGUCGAAAAAAAAGUMAUCUAAGACUUAA